UGCCCUCGCCCUCCCCUUCCUUUUUCUCUUCCGGGGACGGUGCUUAGAGGCACUCAGAAUGGUCCAGCGUUUGACUUACCGUCGUAGGCUUUCCUACAACACAGCCUCCAACAAAACUAGGCUGUCCCGAACUCCCGGCAACAGGAUUGUUUACCUUUACACCAAGAAGGUUGGGAAAGCACCUAAAUCAGCAUGCGGUGUGUGCCCAGGCCGACUCCGAGGGGUUCGUGCUGUGAGACCAAAAGUCCUCAUGAGAUUGUCUAAGACAAAGAAGCAUGUCAGCCGGGCCUAUGGUGGCUCCAUGUGUGCCAAGUGUGUCCGUGACAGGAUCAAGCGGGCUUUCCUUAUUGAGGAGCAGAAAAUUGUUGUGAAAGUGUUGAAGGCACAAGCACAGAGCCAGAAAGCAAAAUAAACAUGCAGCUUUUUAAUAAAGGUCAAGGCUUUGUCCGUG